UUUUGACCGCAGAAACAAACAUGGCGGCGGCCAGCAACAAGUCCUUCGAGGUGAAUCUCCAAGGCGAGGUGUCCAAGAACGAGUACUCUGCCUUUGAGGAGCGCAUCCGAGGCCUAUGUGGCAAUGACAUGGAGAAGGAGAAAUUCGAAUACAACGAGUAUGUGUACAACAUUGAGGCACAGACCCCCCAAGGUACAAGUUGGCCACGACGUCGAUUCGACACGACGAUGUGUCUGCUGUACGCAUGUAGGUGUCCCCAACUACGAAGUGCGCGCUCGGAACGUCAUCUACGGAUCGUGUACGUUUUCUGGUGCGGCCGUUGAAAUGCCAUCGUCUGGAGGCGGACAGAAAUGGGAGCUUCGAUACGUUGGAAAGUGGGAGCGCAAGAAGCCGUCCGAACUGUCUGCGCAGCAAACCCGUGGGCAUUUCGCCGUGCCAUAUCGGAGUCAGACCGCCAUGUCUGCAAGCGACAACGUUGGCGAGUUCUUAACAACGCUGGGCUUUCGGCAAACUUUUCAGUACAAGCGAUCGGGAACGCGGUGGACGUUCCCCAACGGCAUCACAGUGGAAGCGACGCGCAUGAAGGAGGUAGGUGAUAGAUGCGACGACUUGGCCGCGGCUCAUCCAUCCAGCUGUCAAAACUCGAGAGCAAGGACGACCUUCCGCUGGACAGCAUCCCGUUUGAAGCGUAUUUGGUCGAGGUGUACACAGUCACGACGGACGACAAGAUCGACGACGUGUCACACAAGAUCUGUCGAUUUGCGAUCGACUUGGAGCCGUACUUUGUGGCGCGCCCAUCCGACAGCAAAGAAUUUCAACUGCACAAGGAAACGUUCUUGGCCGAGAGUAAGAAGAAGAAACAAAAGGUCAGAUAGAGGAGAAGCACUGCCGUCGACAAUCCUCAGUCUCACCGAUUCAUGGCGCUGGCCAACGAUAACGAUGCGCUUCAAUGCAGUAUCGUGGAUGCUCCAGAAAUGCAGGCGCGAUCUCGGCAGAGGCGCAUGAUGACGGUGAGAUAGCGCCGUGGUCUGC